AUGGCGCGUUCAGGUAGACCGCACAAGCCAUUCGGCCACCGCUGGCGGUCCUCGGGGCUGUAUAUCGUGACUAUCGUAUCGGUGGCGUUGUUCUCAGACAACUUCCUCUUUAGCUUCAUCAUCCCCAUCCUCCCAGAGAUCCUGGAAGGACGGCUCCAGCAAGCGGCGGCACGCACGCAGGCCCUGACCUCGCUUAUCCUCUCCAUGAACGCGCUGGUCUCGAUCGUGCUCGCGCCGUUGACGGGGUACCUCGCCGAUCAGCUAUCCUCACGGAACAGCCUUCUGAUCGCGGCGUGGGUGGUGAAUAUGCUCGGCACCGCCGUCACAGCGUGGUCGACGACACUAACCGGGCUCGUGAUCGGGCGUCUCAUCCAGACAGUGGCCGGCUCGGUGAUCUGGAUCGUCGGCAUGGCGAUGCUGGCCAGCGCGGCCGGCGCGAAGCACCUGGGCAAGGCGUUCGGCGUCGCCGUCCUGCUCGUGUCGGCCGGCCUGCUGACGGGGCCCGCCGUGUCCGCCUCGCUGUACAAGUUCGUUUCCUACCCCAUCAUGUGGUCGAGCGCCUUCGUCGUGCUCCUGAUCGGCAUUGCCCUGCAGAUCCUCGUCAUCGAACACCGGCGUGAAGGCGGCGAGCACGAGAGCCGCCCCGCGAAAACGUGGAGCCCCGGUGGUGAUGACGAUGUCGAAGAGCGAGACGAGCCCCCUCUUUCUCCACCAUGUAACCCCAGCGAUCCGCUCCUCCCAUCGCAAACAGACACGCGGAGCUACCACUCCACUGCACCGACCCCCCACAGACACGAGCAAGAGAACAUCUACUGGCUGAUCCUGCGCAAGAAGCGCGUCGCCGCCGGACUACUGGGCGACACGCUGCUAGCGGUGAUCAUCGCAAGCUUCGAGACCACGAUCCCCCUGCACAUCAAGAAGGUCUUUGCCUGGGACAGCUUCCACGCCGGCCUGCUGUUCCUGCUACUGCAGGCCCCGACCCUGCUCCUCGUCGUGCCCGUCGGCUGGCUCAAAGACAAGUUCGGCCUCCGCUACCCCGUCUCGCUGGGCUUCGUCCUCCUGGCGCCCUCCCUCGUGCUCCUGGGCAUUCCAGGCCAAUGGGUGGACCCCGCCCACAGCGGCCCGGUGAUCUACCUCGUCACCCUGAUCGCCAUCGGCGUCUGGCGCACCCUGAUCCUGGGGUACGGCGGCGUCGAGGUCUUGAACGGAGCCAACGACCUCGCGGCGGAGAGACCCGGCAUCUUCGGCGCAAACGGCGGCUACUCGCGCACCUUCUCCAUGUCCAACAUUACCUGGAAGGGCGGCAUGUUCCUCGGCCCGUUGCUCGCCGGCGCCCUGACCGAGGCCGUCGGCUACUUCUACAUGAAUCUCUCGCUGGGUGCGUUACCUUGUCUUUCCCCGUCUUCGGUCUGCUUGCGGUAUCCUGUUUUUUGA